AUGGUCAUAUCACUUAGAAGUAGACUGAGUCCACCUCUGAUUCCAGAGCUUUCGAUUGCAAUCAAGCUCAGUCUGAAAUCGCUCUUGAUUCGUGAUUUCGGAAGGAGGGGGACGGAUCGUGACCAUAACACCCUGCGAGGAACGAUCGAAGGCUUAUUGACGACGAGUUCGAGUCCGACCGAGCUCAUGAUCAAGAAUCGCAUCGCAAUCAGUUUGGAUUUUGCUAAGGGCUCUAAACCCACUUUCACUCUCGAUCCGUUUACAAACCUACUCAAAUUACAAAAAAUCAGUGCUGAUGAAUGCUCAUUAUGA